AUGUCCUCUCAGUUCUUGCAGACCGAGAUCGCCAAUUUGAUCCAUGAGUCUCGAAGGAAAAACUCCGAAUUGCGAAAUGCCGCCGAACAAUCGCUGAAUGAGCUCAAAGCACUACCUUCAACUUCAGAGGCCCAGAUAGCUGCAGACCUGGUUCGCAAGCCGAAUUUCGUUGAGCCAUUCAUCAUUGCAUGUCAUACUCGGCAUGCGAAGCUCGCAGGUAUCGGUGUCAUCUGCUUACAGAGACUAAUUGCAUCUCGGUCACUGCCAUCAAGUCGCCUGAAAGAUGUCCUCAGGGGCCUGAAGGAGACGACGAGCUUAAGCCUCGAUAUCCAACUGAAAAUUCUACAGUCUCUGCCUUCGCUCUUGCAGUUCUAUUCCAAUGAAUUGACCGGAGAGCUGCUUGCGGACGCAUUGGAAAUAUGUGCCACGUUACAGGCAAGCAAAAUGAUCGCAGUCUCUAGCACUGCUGCGGCUACCCUUCAGCAGUUGGUAGUAUCUACAUUCGAGCGAGUCUCGAGUGAAGACAAACUUUCUGACGACUCGAAACCUACCACAAAGAUCACAGUUGAUGGCCGGUCACUCGAUAUCGGCUACUUUGCUUACGAUGCACUGCAGCUAUUAGAUGACCUUUGUCGUCUAAUUGAUGGCGAGCAACUGCAAUUUUUGCGAACACGAACUCUAUCCCCGACUUUCGUUCUCGAACUCAUUGAAAGUGUUCUUCUGAAUAGUGGCCGGCUUUUUGUUGGGCACCCCGAACUCUCUCAAGUGCUGCGUGUUCGGCUACUGCCACUAACUGUCCGUUGUUUAUCUGAGAGGUAUUCAUUCGCGCAGACUGUCCGAGUCGCGCGAAUACUUCUGCUUCUUCUGAAGCGGUACAUGUCUCUUUUGACUGCAGAAUGCGAGAUGGCACUGAGCUUGAUAACUCAUCUCGUUGAACCGGAUGGGACAGCGCCUUGGAAGAGACUAAUUUGCAUGGAGGUUUUCAAAGGCCUCUACUCAGAACCGGGGGUCGUACGGCUGAUCUACACUUUGUAUGAUGGUGAGGAUGGGAGAAAGAACAUUCUUCGGGACCAUAUGGCUGCGCUUGUUCGACUAGCUUCAGAAAAGCCGGCUUUGAUUGGUGUCAGCAACCAGUCAACAGUGCCUUCACGGGCUGAUCACACAAGAUCGACAACAGAGGACCAGAUAACGCUCGAAACUGGUGGCGUUGCUGGUGUCAUUGGAUCAACUGUCCCUCCGAGUGAAUUGAGCGUUCCUGGAAUCAGCACACAGUGGAGUGUGGUUCGCACGCCAUAUAUCGAGCUUCUGGACAAGGCAGAUCCACCCAUACCGCCCGAGACUUACAUUUAUAGCUUAGUUCUCAACUGCAUCAGCAGUUUUGCAGAAGGUCUUGCGAAAUUCAUUCUCCCAUUGACGGUACCGGACCUAAAGCAAAGGCGCAAAAAUCGACUCAUGAACUCAGCCCAAGGACCCGAUUCCGCCAGAUCCUCUCAAGAUUUUACAGCAGAGCCUGUCCGAGUACAAUCAAGUUCGCCAACGAAGAAGGCACAUGUUCCCAUCAACCCUUUGGACCUACAGUCUCAUGUCCAAUACUCCGCCAUCAAGGCUUGUGCGGGCAUAAUCGAGGACUGUUGGCCCGCUGUCCUUGCAGCAUGCUCCACCUUUCUGCGGGCUUCUAUGGAUGAUGAGUAUUACCAUAAUCUCGUUCGAGCAUUCCAGAAGUUGGCCCACGUUGCGGGUCUUCUAAGAUUGUCUGUGCCCCGAGAUGCUUUCUUGACAACUCUGGGAAAGGCCGCCACCCCUGCGAGCGCAGGUGGUUCCAAGGCACAAAAUGCAUCUACUACUGGCACACAGCAAAGUGAUAUACUUCAAAAGAAGCGGAAGAGUGCGGAUCUGUCAAAUCCGAACUCCUUAUCAUUGGAUUCUGCUGGAAAUGCCGCGGAUGGCUCCCCUGUGUCUUUAAGUACAAGGAAUCUACUUUGUAUGCGGGCCUUACUCAACCUCGGAAUCGCCCUGGGGCCGAUAUUGGAUCAGCCGGCCUGGUCUAUCAUUUUUGAGACGCUCCAAUACACUGGAGUCGUGGUUGGCAUGUCCUCAAGCGCAAUGGUCAAAUCCGCUAGUGGGACUGGAGACGCUCCGACCACCCCUGGAAACGAUGUGCCGACUGCUAAUCUUGGCACUGAGGUUAUUGCAGUCCAAGCGGCUUCUAGCAAGAUGCUGGAAAGCACCAGCGAUUUUCCAAGUGCGUCUUUUGAGGAACUUCUAUUUGCCUUGUUGAAUCUGUCGACGUUUACGGAGCAGCGUCGAGGCCAGGAAGAGACCCAAGAAGUAUCGGAGAUGCCCCAAUCGCCGCAGCCCUCCCGAGCACCUGGACGUUUGCAUCAAGGGUCCCGGCGUGUUUCACACACCGUUGGAAAAUCACGCAUGCAAGACGAGGAACUCAAGUUCGUAUUGGAGAAAGGCAACGAACUAGCCAAGGCAAACCUAGGGAGAUUGUCUUCACUUGAAGAUGAUGACAGCAAAGCGUGGGGAUUGUUGACCCAGAGUCUCAUUUCGGCUUCCGCCAACACCACCGUCAGCCCAAACCUUCGCCUGCAGGCAAGCGCAACUUUGAACUCACUGGUGUUUUCAACUAUGAGACAACGAGAAGAAGACGACGAGCACAUCUAUAAUCAAGUGCAGAUGAGGAAUCUUGAGACGCUGAAAGCCCAAGUAGCCCCGCUUUAUGCAUCGGAUAUGCAUGCAUCCAAGUCUUUGCCGAUCACCGUGAUCGAGAUCCACGAACAGAGCUUGGAAGUCCUAAGAAACAUCUUAGAGCAGUAUGCAGAGACCUUCGUGGAUGGAUGGCACCUGGUCUUCGAUUUGAUCUCGGGUGUUUUCCAACCUAUCUCAGACGCCGGGAAUGGCGAUCGAUCUUCUACUCUGGCGGAGCGCAGGACAUCGGCUCUUCCGGCCGGGCCCCGACUAGUACGUGCCGCUUACAAGUCUCUGCAUCUCGUAGCCUCGGACUUCCUUUCUCUGCUACCAGCAUCCUGUCUCUGGAGCUUAGUGAAUGCUUUCUCUAGCUUUGCGUCGCAAUCCCAGGAUUUCAACAUCUCUCUCACCACCACCUCAUUUUUCUGGAAUGUUUCCGACUUCCUCCAGGGCCAGAUCGAGCAAAUCUCCAUUGACCAUGUUGAUGCAUCGGUUUCCGAAGAACAAUUGGCGAACCUGGCUCGCGAUGAAGACCCAUCAGUGUCUCGAAACUCCUUAUGGCUGUUGCUCUUGCUUCGCAUCGUUUAUAUCACCACAGAUAGUCGACCCGAGAUCCGGAAUAGCGCAGUGCACACGCUUCUGCGUAUCUUCGAUGCCUACGGGCAACAGCUCUCUCCCAAGGCGUGGCGUUUGUGUCUGAAUAUGGUUCUCUUCAAGAUGAUUGAAGGAAUAGAAGCCACUCUUCAAGCCAAGAGCAACCAGAGCGAUUCAAAGCCAGAUGACCUCAAGGCGUGGGUAGAGACGACAGUGGUCAUGGUUAAUGGUCUAUCGAAUCUGGUCACGAAUUUCUUCGAAACCCUUGUCCGUGAUGAAGAGUUCGAUCAGUCCUGGAAGCGACUUUUGAAGUACUUGCAAGGUCUUGUGGACUUACAUGUUCUGGGCCUCAGUGAAGCAACAUUUUCUAGCCUGUCAGCAAUUCUCCUCCGGGUGCAAAAUCCCGGUGAGCUCAGCAACGAUGCCCUUGAAUGUGCAUGGUUACUUUGGAGAAAUGGGCACCCUGCCGACGACGAAGAUAUGCUUGACUUGGAUCAAUCUAAUCAGGAGGCUGCUUUAGCCUAUCUGUCUACAUUCCAACAGGUGUAUCGUCUUUACAAAGGCCAAUUGACCACAGAACACAUUGAAAUGGUACUUCAACAUUUCAGGUCGCUUGUAUGGAACUCGGUCUCCCCGCGGUACUCCCCAGACGUCGAUCGACCCUCAGCCGUGCAAGCCUCGGUCAUCGACUGUCUCAAUUCACUUUGCCUGGAAAAAGAGGACUCGCAGCCAGCCAUUCUCCUGUGUCUUGCCGAACUAUCCGAUUCAGCACUAACAAAAUGGAGCCCGGGCAGCGACACCCGAAGACCAACAUUCGUGGCAUUUUCAAAGAGCACCAUCGAUCUCAUCAGCUGGUACAUCUCCGAAUUCGGCAUCAAGCAAGACGUCUUCACAAACGGCGCCCUCGCAACCACCCUCAAACACCUCAGCGCCCCAAUCGCCCAGAAAUACACCUGGCAAGGCAAAGACCGCCCACCAUUCCUCUGGCAAAAAGCCACAACAGCAUCCCUAAACGUCCUCCAAGUCUCAGUCCCCUACGUGGAACAACAAUACACCAGCAAAAACUCCCCCGAAACCUCUGACUUCUGGCACCGCAUCGUCGAAACAACCAACGGAAUCGUCUCCGCCAAUGGCUCAAAGGCCCAACACCCCGCCGAAGAAACCUUCGACAUAGAAGCCUUCACCCGUCUAAAAACCCUCAUCCUCCCCUCCCUCGGCGCCCCACAAAUCCCAGACCCAAUCCGCCGCGACUUCGCCCUAGCCCUCUUCCACUCCUCUUUCAUCUACACCCCCCUCCGCUUCGACCUCCCAACCACAGACCUACCAACAUCCCCGCUCCAAAACCUCCACAAAAUCCGUCCAGGCCGGACCUUUGACCCACCCCCAACCCAACGUCCAGCCAUCGCCUACGUCCUCCUCGACACGCUCUUCGAGCUAGCCGCAGCUUCUCCUGAAAAAGGAACUGUAGAGACUGCCGACGCAUCGCCGCAGACCCUCCUCGCCCGCUCAGUCGCACCUUACCUCCUCCUCCGCUGCGCGGUCUCGCUCAAGUCCUAUAUAGCGGACCAGCCGCUGCGCGGCCUGAUGCCGCAGCCUACGCCGGCCCGCAAGGACCUGCUGCAUCUUUUGAUGCGUAUGGUUGAGUUGAGGAGUGAGCCGUCGGCUAUUCCGGAGCCGGCUGAGGUGAGGACUGGGUUUGGUGGGGGUGUGAGGUAUAGGAAACAUCUUGAGUGGAUUUAUCCGUUGGUUGUAAGGGCUGUGCAGGUUGCUGGCAGGGAGAGGGAUGAUGGGAGGGUUUUGCAGGCUUUGGGGAUGGUUUUGGAGGGGAUUGGGAGGGUUGGGGAUUAG